GUUGGUGUGCUCGGCACAGGGCGUGUGGGCGGAAUUUAAAAUGUUCACAAUGCGACUCUAACGGGACUUGUUUUCCUUUCUGUACCUUUGUAAAGGUCGCGUAGUCGUCUUUCUUACACAGUCUACGGAAGAGAGGACAGUGAAGCACCGCCAGGAAGCCGAACACACGAAGUCUAGCUCACAAGGCUAACCGUUAGCUAUGGAGGAGAGGAAGGAGGAGCGAGAAGCGGAGAUCCAGGAGCACGGCCCCGAGCACUGGUUCUCCAAGUGGGAACGGCAGUGCCUAGCGGAGGCCGAGCAGGGGGAUCCAAACGAGGAGGAGACGGAGCAAAGCCAGCAGAAACUGUGGCACCUCUUCCAGAACUCGGCCACCGCGGUGGCACAGCUUUACAAAGAUCGAGUAUGUCAGCAGCAAGGCCUCUCUCUCUGGGUGCCCUUUCAGAAUGCAGCCACAGCUGUCACCAACUUGUAUAAAGAGAGUAUGGAGGCCCGCCAACGGAGCUAUGACCUGGGCAUCCACUUAGGCUACCAGCGCAGGAAUAAGGAUGUGAUUGCAUGGGUUAAGAAACGCAGAAGAACUAUCAGGCGCGAGGAUCUCAUCAGCUUCCUUUGUGGCAAAGUCCCACCUCCGCGGACAACUCGUGCCCCACCUAGAGUUGCCAUGGUGUCUGCAAGCCGACCAUCACCUCCAGAGACGGGCAGCUCUGUGGAGACAGACCUGCAGCCUUUCAGAGAGGCCAUAGCACUGCAUGGUCUUAGUGGUGCCAUGGCAAGCAUUUCUGUGCGUUCCGGUCCUCCUGGUUCCCCAACUCACCCUGCCCAGGCCCUCAGUCGCCGUAGGAAUGGUCUUCAUGACGUGGACCUCAACACCUUCAUCGCUGAGGAGAUGGCGCUCCAUUUGGAUUCCACAGCCAAUCGUAAACGAGGCCCUGCCCCCUGUAGUGAUGUCAUCACAGACUCACCUACUCAUAAACGUAACAGGAUGCUCUGAACUUUUCCUACGCCACUAAUCCCUCCUCUGUCCUCUCCUUGGUGGCCAACUGGACAGCUGAUGAGGACUGAUGCCUUGGCCAACCAUUGAAAUCUUCUUCCUUUUCAUCUUAGUUGCAAUGCUACAAAUAAAGGAACUCAACUAUUACCAACCUAACAUUUCUUCCAUUUUAUUUUUUCUUUCAUGCCCCCCUCUAUGACUCUUCCAUCGUCUUCAUAGUAGUGUUCUGUUUUUAUUUCUUCCCAGUUUAUGUUGGGUCGCCCUCAGUAUAUCUGAUACCUAAGAGAGCACGUCACACUUGAGAUCCUUGCAGAAUAUUGCCAUUAGACAUGGUUUAUUUGACCAGGUCCAUAGUGCUUCACAUCCGAUAAUCAGAUGAACCGGGUUGUUGCCUACUGUUAGCAGUUCUCUUCCCCUCCUUCUCGAGCAUACUUCCUCCUCCCUCCUUUGUGGAGUGCUGGCCAAACCAGACUGGACUGAAACCUGGUCUCCUCGGGAGGCUGAACCACCUCCCUCCUGUGUGGCUCGACUCUAAACGCUUGUCGGCGUGUGUAUCUCAUUCUGCUGCUGCUCUUGUGUGUUUGCGUAUCUGACAGCAGAACUGCCACUUACUGUGUUGUACUUGUCUUUGCCUUUUGAGAAAGCUGCUACAGUAUCUCUGGUUGUGCAACAGUGAGUGUGUGUGUGUGAGAGAGUGUGUGUUUGUGUAUGUGUGGAUGUGGGGUUCUGGCAAAUCCAGCACCCCAUUUGACCGAAUUAUUUCCUAUUUUACUUAAAUUCAUCAUUUUGUUUUUGUUUUUCUUUAGUUGCUCUUUGCAGAACCAAACCAGGGUUUUAUCACAAAGCAGGCCGGUCACUGUAUACAGAUAAUAGUAGCUAUCAUUACUGUCUGAGUUAGCUGACACUUUGAGUCGCAGUGACAAGAGAUAGAAAAACAAGAUGUAUUUUCAGCAAAGAUUUCUUUGCCCAAGUACCAUUGUCCUACAUUAUUUACAAUUUUCACACUUGUGAUCCAUAGGUAUUAACAUGUUUACAAAUAAUCCAAAUAUACACAGUUUCCCUAUCAGCUUCAGAAUACAUUUUACAUACUGAGUACUGGCUCUUGCAUUUAACAUUAAGAGCAGUAACAGUUUUGCAUUUUACCUGCUUUAUGUUUACAUUUGGCCCAUUGGUAAGAACUUGAAGUGGUGCGUCGUCAUCAGUUUCAUUCACAUUUAGGAUUUCAGAAUUAAACCUAGAAAACUACAAGGGAAAAUUGUCUGUGAACUAGUAGGGGGCUGUGAUAUUUUAUUUUGUUUAGCCAACUCAUGGACUAUUGGGUGUGAUGGUUUGUCAAGGCUUAGGACACUUGUUUUGCUGAUUUCACACACUGCUUUGUGAUACAAUCUUGUGUAAUGUGUGUAAAUAACAUGUAGGUGCUGUUAUAUGUGGUACAUAUUGUAAAAAGAAGUGCAAAUCCAUCGGGAUGUCCAUGUACAAUUCUGACAUUAAAGAAAAUACAAGCGUUUA